AUGGCGUCAGGUAAAGAUAGCCUGAGCACAGAGGAAAGAAAUCUCAUUAAAAAUGUGAAAGAAGACAUUGGGCCCCUUCAAAGAUACCGGUACAGAUUGACUUAUGACAACACUGCCGCUCAGUACAAUUUGAUCAACACAGAGCAAAAGCUCCAGGAACUUGUCCAGAAGGAGGAAUCUUUCAUUAAUGAAAUGGAGCUUACUAGCUGCCCCGAUGAAAUAAAAGUAAUGCAAAAAAAGCUGGACGGCCUGCACCAAGACUAUUUCGUCCUUCGACAGACAUGGUGGCGAUGGCGUAGUGAGUUUACCGAGUACCUGUCGAGAGCCUUUGACCUAUGGCGCUCUUAUCCUCACUGGUAUCUUCAUCGUGUACUCCGAAAUGAUUGCGCUUUAAAGGGUGGCUGUUGCGGUCGCGAUUGUGGAUGCUGUUUGAUGCGCGCUACAACUUCUGGCCAAAAUCGAAAGCUUGGAACUGGACAUUGCUCUAUUGAAUGUGCAUGUUGUAUUCGAUCCCGGGGCUUUGAUCUUACAGACUCGCGAAAGGCUGAAGUACGCGAUUUAUUCCGGCUCUCCGAUUCAACUCAUAGGUAUGAUGACCAGAUCUUACGGGCUUCAAUGUGGGGAUUGAUGAAGGAUAGUGAAGAGAAUCCAUUGGAUUUGAUCAACAAGCACCCUCCUUUAUACUAA